AUGUGCAAAACAUUAAAAACUGGUGAGUUUCCUGAAGUUGAAGAUGCCUUGUAUUUAUGGUUUUUGCAAAAAUGUAAUCGACAUACACCUAUUUCGGGCAAAAUUUUGAAAGAGAAAAUUAUUGAGUAUGACGGGAUAAAACUGUCAUGUGAUGUUGACAAUGUUGAACCAUACAAAGAAAUAUUUCAAAAAGUUAUUCAAAAACUAUCAUCAACACCUGAUCAAGUUUACAACGCAGAUGAAAGUGGUUUGUUUUGGCGUCUUUUAUCAAAAAAAACAUUUGUUCACCGUGAAGAAUUGAAUGCUCCUGGACGAAAAAUAGCCAAAGACAGGAUAACUUUUAUGCCUUGUUCAAAUGCAAAUGGCACUCAUAAAUUAAACUUAUUAGUUAUUGGUAAGGCAAAAAAUCCUAGAGCUUUUAUAAAUGUAAACCAUCCUGUUGAUUAUAAAAAUCAAAGCAAAGCAUGGAUGACAAAUUCUGUUUUUUCCGAAUGGUUUCAUGAAACAUUUGUACCUUCAGUGAAAACAUUUAACAAAAAACACAACUUAUCUAAAAAUGCCUUGCUAAUUUUAGACAAUAGUCCUGGGCAUUCUAUUGAAAAUUUAAAUCACAGUUUUAUCCGUGUAAUGUUUCUACCACCUUAUGUUAUACCUAUUCUUCAGUCAAUGGAUCAGAAUGUUAUUUAG